AUAUAUAAAUCAAAAAACAUGUUUUUUUUCUUAAACCCUAGUUAGCCAGCACCUACACUGUCUCCUCUUCUCAAAAACCCUAAAUCAUGCCCGGCAAGAAUCGUAAGAAGAAGGGCAAUGACCGUGACCCCUUCUUCACCGACGACUCUCGUAAACGCCGCAAAAUCGAAGAUGACGCCGAGAUUGACAGCGAUUUCGAGGAAGACGGCUUCUUCGCCGGCGGCGGCGGCAAAGGUGACAAGGAUCAACCCGAAGAAGUAGAGGAAGAAGAGACCGGUGCGGAAGCCAGGAAGAGAAUCGCACAGGACUAUCUGAGAAGGGUUCGGGAAAUCACGCAGAAAGAGAAGGAGCAACAAUCAGAUGAAGAUGAUGAUGAUGAUGAAGAUGAGGAUGAAGGAGCUAGAGACUCCCUCGUAGCUCAGAGAUUGUUGCAGGAUCAGCAAGAGGAGAGUGGGCGCGUUAGAAGAGCCAUUUCUUCAAGGGUGCAAUUAGGUGGUGAUUUUGGGGUGUUGGUUAAGCACCGGCAUAGUGUGACUGCGGUGGCUCUAUCUGAGGACGAUUCGAAGGGGUUUUCGGCUUCCAAAGAUGGAACCAUUAUGCACUGGGAUGUGGAUAGUGGAAAAAGCGAGAGGUAUAAAUGGCCAAGUGAUUCGGUGCUCAAGUCUCAUGGCUUGAAGGAUCCGCAAGGUUCUGCUUCGAGGCAAAGUAAGCAGGUUUUGGCUUUGGCUGUGAGUUCGGAUGGUCGAUAUUUGUCUACUGGGGGCCUUGAUCGCCAUGUUCAUAUAUGGGAUACUCGCACCAGAGAGCAUGUUCAGGCUUUUCCAGGUCAUAGAGGCCCUGUUUCUUGUCUGACUUUUAGACAAGGAACGUCAGAGCUUUUUUCUGGUUCAUUUGAUCGAACAGUUAAGAUAUGGAAUGUUGAAGACAGAACUUACAUGAACACUCUAUUUGGCCACCAAAGUGAAGUAUUGAGUAUUGAUUGCUUACGUAAAGAAAGGGUACUUACUGCUGGACGUGAUCGUAGUAUGCAGUUGUUUAAGGUUCAUGAAGAAUCACGUCUUGUAUUUCGUGCACCUGCAUCUUCCUUAGAAUGCUGUUGUUUUCUGAGUAACGAUGAAUACUUGUCUGGGUCCGAUGACGGAAGCAUUGAGCUUUGGGGUAUGAAGCGAAAAAAACCUGUUUAUAUUUUGAGGAAUGCUCACGCUUUAUCAACGGAUAGCUUGAAAUCUGACCAAAAGGAUAUUGAAAGACUCCCCAAUGGUAACCUAGAAAAUGGUCACCACCAUCCUGAGAAUCAUCACUGUUUGUCAACAUUUUCUUGGGUCAGUGCGGUCACUGUUUGUAGAAACAGUGACCUUGGUGCGUCCGGAGCUGGUAAUGGUUCUGUUCGAUUAUAUGCAAUUGACAGUGAGACCAAUGACAUCAAAUCCCUUUAUAACGUGCCAUUGGUUGGGUUUGUGAAUUCCUUGGCUUUUGCAAAAUCAGCACAAUUCCUAAUUGCUGGAGUUGGGCAGGAACCUCGUCUAGGAAGGUGGGGACGAAUCCCUGAAGCUCGGAAUGGAGUUUCAAUUCUUCCUCUCAAGUUAUGAGAUGAGGCAAUGAAUACUGUAACUCCUCAAUUUUGACUAAUACGAAAACAGUUGAGUUGAAAGAUGUUUCCAUAUAUGUAUCAAUUACAUUUAUUGUUUCCAUUUGUUAUAUGUAUCUUAGUUAAGUGUCGAUUUUGAAAUCCUGAAAUAUGUUUCCAAAAGGCACUAACCGUAUAAGGGACUCGUGCUGAGGUAUUUGGUUUGGUGGUUAGAAAACAACUCAAUUUUAGCUUCUUAAUGGAACUGUGGAAGGCUCAUUUUCAGAA